UUGUGCCUUUCGCUCCCGCGCGAUAUUUGUGGUGCCUUGCAAAUUCUGCUGUAGGAGUUGUCGUUGAAGAUCCGUCUCGCCCGGGCCACCGCCGGAAGUUCCCCCAUGUGACUCUCUCGGUGCACCUUCCUACCUGAGACCACCACAUGGUCAAGUACUUUGACGCUGAUACCGUACAGCCGAGGCAUUGUAAAGCGAGGCCAGCGCAGCCGUGUCUGCAGCAGACAUGUCGAUAACUCACGGUAAGCCUGCACUUACUCAACUUCCAAUUACUCUGAUAGACUUAUGCGCUCGAAGGACGCUUGGUUCUGGCAUCUCUGUGAAUAGUGUCCACCCCCUCUUCUGACAGGAUGGCUUCGUCUGGCUUAUCCAACUUCAAAUUCUACAAUGUCACCAUCCCGGCUCCCAAUAUCGUCCACGUGGAAAUCAAUCGACCGCAGAAGCUAAAUGCAUUCUAUCCGCCCAUGUGGUUCGAGUUGAAGGCCAUCUUCGAGCAAUUGUCCGUCGACCCUGGAGUCCGGUGCAUCCUACUCUCGGGGGCUGGAGACCGAGCAUUCACGGCAGGCCUGGAUGUGGCAGAAGCAUCCAAACCGGGAAAUCCCCUGGCAGCUGGGAAUUUUGUUGACCCGUCCCGAAAAGCGACUCAUCUACGACGACAUAUAUUCGAACUACAAGAAGUCAUCACGACUGUGGCUCGUUGCGAGAAGCCGGUGAUCGGCCUGCUGCACGGCUAUACGUAUGGGCUUGGCAUCGAUCUGUCCUCGGCAUGCGAUAUCCGGUUCUGUCUAUCCGAUACCCAAUUUUGUGUCAAGGAAGUCGACAUUGGAUUGGCAGCGGAUGUUGGGACCUUGAGCAGGCUUCCGAAAGUGGUAGGCGGCGUGACGAGUUGGGUCAAGGAAGUGUGCCUCAGUGCACGGCCAUUUGGUGCAGAAGAGGCGAAAGUCAACAACUUUGUCAGUCGUGUGGUUAGCGGAGGCAAGGCUGAGCUCAUCAAGGAAGGCGUGGAGUUCGCACAGUUUCUCGCAAGCAAAAGUCCCGUGGCGGUGCAAGGCACGAAAAACAUCCUUGACGCUGCAUGGGGGCGAACAGUCGAAGACAAUCUCAACUACACUGCGAUCUGGAAUGCGGCCAUGGUGCAAAGCACUGAUGUCGAAAGAGCCAUCAUGAGUGGACUACGAAAGAAGACACCGACGUUUGAGAAAUUAUGAGGGAGCCGUGGGGAGCCUAUGAUGUCGUUGACGGCCUGGGUGAGCUGUGGCGCGCGCUAUUUGGCAAUAAACUCGGAUCCCAAGAAGCGCAGUGCGGGAUCAACAAAUCUGUAUGGUCACCGUACACAGUAGCCCUGGUGGAGGCAGAUGUGGCAGAUGACAGACGAGGCUCGCAAGGUUUAGAAGAUCAGUGGGCACGAUACAUGCAUUGGUCGAGAGAGUCUCUCACCUCAGCUUGCCCGUAAAUUACUGUGUAGCGUUUUCACCCAGGCCUUGAUUUCUGGUGGUUUCUCUGACGACCACUGCACGACAUUUGUCGGAUCUGCCGGAGCCGCGCGCUUCACGUGAUCUUCGUAACAGGCUGGCGUGAGCCCAUAAGAAGGGGCACUGGAGGGUUGCUGGGCAGGAAUGCGAAGGCGAAAGGCGAAACUGGC